AUUUUCACAUCUAUGACACCCGCUGUGUCUUGGUAAACCCCGGAAGGGAAGAGAGGACAAGGUUAAAAUACUGUUCUGAGGACCUGGUCUCUCCACAGCGCAGGCUGGAGGUGGGAGCCUGUGGAAAGCCAGGUUCAUCCACCGUCGGAACCCAGGCCAGGCCGCCAAGGCUAAUAUUCAGGGCAAAGCCAGGGGCAGGGUGGGCAUCCUAUGGAGACGACCAUCGUCUUGAGGUCUUCCUCCCAGGGCUCCAUCCGGGCCAGAAGAUGGCGAGAGACAUCGGUGAGUCCUUGUGAGUCCUUGCCACCACCUCACCCUCAGGUCGCUUUUUUGGCGGAACAAGAAGGCUUCUCCCAGGCAGGAAGGGUGGGGCACAGAGAUGUGAGCCAAUGUGGAUGACCUGGGGAGGGCUUUGCAGUUGAACCUCCUGAAAACGGCAAAGAAGUGCAGACCUCCAGGCAGUCUAGACUCAGAUUCUCUAGACACUUCCCUUUGGCUGAGCCAAGCCAGGGUUGCUCAGGAACUGGGGUCCUUGAGAUUGGAUUCGACUGGAAGGAAAGACACAGGAUUGCAAUGUGCCGAACUCUGUGAGGACCAGGGUUUAGCUUGAGUUCCCCAGUCUGUCCACGAGGUCCCAGCUUGAGAUCGUUACAGUCACUGCGUCUCGGGAGGAGGACUAGUCUGCAAUGUAAUGAUUAUGAUGGAAUGUUUCAAUGUUUUUGAAAUGUUUGGACUAUUCUGAUGCAAAAACUUUCUUUUCUUUUCUUUCUUUCUUUUUUUUUUGAAACCCUCUGUUAUUAAGAGAUAAAUAUGAUUCCCAGGAGCAUUGUUCUAUUCUGCUUUAAGUAUUAUUGGUCAUAUCUGGUCAUAUGCCCUGCUCUGAAUCAAACCCUGAAAAUGGGACUGCUAAAAUCGCCUUAAUCUGAACGCCAUUUCCCUCCCACUUGCUCCCUGGGCUUGGAGCAUAGCCUCUCAAACAGAACUGGCUUUUGGUUGUUAAGGAAGAAGUGAGUAAUGGCUGCGGUGCAGACCUUCAUCAAUGUCUGCGACAGUUACAUCUGGAGACACGCUCCCCAGUGUCCUCAGAAGCAGCAGAGAUGAGAAUCCGUGAUAAGGUGGGCUGCUGUCCCCCUCAGCUCCAUGAUGCUGAAAUGCACUGCUUGUCCUGGUCCUGCUCCUCAUUCCAGCACCCAGCUGGGUGCCCAUCUGGCCCCACACCUUAAUGCCAGGUUCUAAGCACCAUCUCCUGACCAUUCAACCCCUUCAGGAUUUUGCAUGUGCUGUUGGACCACCUCACCCCCACCUGGAGCCAAAUGACACUGUGGGAUAAGGGGAAGAGAACUCAUAAGCCAAGGCCCUCCCUCUCCUUUCACUAGUGGGAAGGGCAGAAGGAACAGGACAGAAAACUCUCCCUCUUGUGUGAGGCAGUUGCUGUGGAAACUCCACAGGCAGGAGGCCCCUGGACAGCGCAUCCUGUCUGCUUGUGUCUGCUGCAGAGUUCUGGGACCAGGGCCAUGUCUCCCCACCCCACCGCCCUCCUGGGCCUAGUGCUCUGCCUGGCCCAGACGAUCCACAUGCAGGAGGGGCCCCUGCCCAGACCCUCCAUCUCGGCUGAGCCAGGCCCCGAAAUCCCCCUGGGGAGGCCUGUGACCCUCCAGUGCCGGGGCCCGGUUGGCGUUUACGCCUUCCGCCUGGAGAGGGAGGAUAGAUCUGAGUACAAAGAUAAUUAUAAUGUAUUUCGACUUGGUCCAUUUGAGUCCGAGGCCAGAUUCCGCAUCGACUCAGUACGUGAAGCCAAUGCCGGGCUUUAUCGCUGCAUCUAUUAUAAGACGCCCCGAUGGUCUGAGCACAGCGACUACCUGGACCUGGUGGUGAAAGAAACCUCUGGAGACACGGACUCCCCCGUCACAGAGCCCGGCUCCUCAGCUGGACCCACACAGAGGCCGUUGGACGACAGUCACAAUGAUCAUGUACCUACUUCCCAAGGCCUGAGUGCUGAGCAUCUUUAUAUUCUCAUCGGGGUCUCAGUGGUCUUCCUCUUUUGUCUCCUCCUUCUGGUCCUCUUUUUCCUCCAUCACCAGAAUCAGAUACAGCAGGGGCCCCCCAGAAGCAAGGACGAGAAGCAGAAGCUACAGCAGAGGCCUGACCUGGCUGUUGAUGUUCUAGAGAGGACAGCAGACAACGCCACAAUCAAUGGACUUCCUGAGAAGGACAGAGAGAUGGACACCUCGGCCCCGGCGGCAGGGAGUUCCCAGGAGGUGACGUAUGCUCAGCUGGACCACUGGGCCCUCACACGGAGGACGGCCCGGGCUGGGUCCCCACAGUCCACAGAGCCCAUGGCCGAGUCCUGCACGUAUGCAGCCAUUGCCAGACACUGACCCCAGGCCCACCUGGCCUCUGCACCUGAGGAUAGAAAGUCACUCUAGGAAAAGCCUGAAGCGGCCAUUUGGAAGGCUUUCUCUUGGAUUCAUCAUCGUCUGGAAAGCCAGCCAGGCAGCUGACCUGGAGACAUGAGCUGGAGACGAGUUUUCUAACCAGCAUCCAGAAGUUUCCUAAACCAGGUGGUUCUUUCGACAAUUGACCAGCUCCUUGGAUAGAUUGUGUUGCCAUUGAUUCCAGAGACCCAGAUACAUACACCUGACUACUUCUAGAAACGAAGCUCUAAUCAGCUAGCUGUUUCCAGAGACCCAUCUACAAUUGUCUGGCUGUCUCUAGAGCUCCAGCUACAGUUGUCUGGCUGUUUCUAGAGACAUAGCUACAGUUGUGACUGUUUCUAGAGACCCAGCUGCAGUUGUCUGGCUGUUUCUAGAGACCCAGCUUUAUUCACCUGACUGUUUUCAGAGACCCAGCUAUAGUCACCUGGCUAUUUUCAGAAACCCAGCUGCAGGUUGUCUCCAGAGACCCAGCUACAAACACCCAACUGGUCUGAUGAGCAGUGAUGCAGUCUCCCAGCUGGUCAUAGGUGUCUGCUGUGAAUCUCCAAUGACCCCAGAGACUUUGUUGGAAUGAUCUGCUCUUCUGACCCCAAAGACCUUCCUAGAAGUGAAGAGCUAACCUUGAGACAGUGCUAUACAUUUACAGCUGAGAGCUAAGCCCGGUUCUCUAGGUCAUACUUUACUCUGUGCAUCAGUAAAUAAUUCUGAAGACAUCACACCUGGCUGCCCGGUGGCUGGUCCUGGGUGCACAGGCCACUUGGGCCGAGUCUCUGCCUUCACAGUUGUUCAAAGCUGAAUGAGGGAAACAGGACUUACAAAGGAGGCGUCAGCAUUUUCAUUUUAAAAUUGAGUGGACCAAGAUUGCAUAUAUUCCGAGUGUACAAUGGGAUAAUUUGAUAUACGUUUACGUUGCGCAAAGAUCGCCAUAAUCAAAUUAAUGAGCACAGUCGGCACGACCCAUGCGGUACCCAAGACCUCCUGAACAACUUGCUCAUCACAGGACUCAGAGUUGGUGUCAGUGCUUUCAGAUGGAGCCUGUGUUUCAGGGAUGAAUGAGGGAGGUGUCUGAGGGACGCGUGGGUGGGUGCAGACAGAGAGCUGACCUCACCUACCCGAAGCUUCACACACACGCACAAGCAUGUGUACACUCACACGUGCACACAGCAUGCCCACACGCUCACGUGUCCCGAGAGAGCCCCGAGUCCACUGCUGGAUGAGGCAUAUCCAUGUCUCCGCCCACUUGUGUGGUCUCAUGUGAUCUCCCAACUCAGAUUAAAACAGGAAAUUACUCUGUGAGUCACCAGAGGGGGAGAGAAUCUCUGAGUUAAUUUGUGUUUAUCUUUAAAAACAAAACAAAAUGUAACAAAACAAAAUAAAACAGUGCCAAGCCUGAAGUGGCGGCUCAAACGGGCACGGCUCCUGGCACGGCCCUGCCUGGAAAGGACUGCACGGGUAAACAAAUAUCAGAACAUCACAUUCUGCCCUCUAAAACAGACUGUUAUGAUCUAUCAAUGAGCAGGAAGAAUAUCCAAAAAUCCUGGAAAACCGGAACCAAAACAAAAACAGAAAAGGCACUUGCAGGCCUUUACAAGAAGAAUAGUUAAAAAAUUAUCCAUAUAUAAUACAUACAUAAAAUACACAUUACAUAUAAAGUAAA